AUGCCUUGGAAACCUCCACCUAAUACAGGGCUCGCUCACCUCCUCCAACAGAGAUUCGAGCUCUUUGGCGAUCAAGUAGCGGUCGAACAAGGGAACCGCGUUGUGACUUUUCAGGAGCUGUAUCUCAGCGCGGUGAGAGGGGCACAUAAGAUUCAGAGGCAGAUCGAUACGAAUGUGCGAGAGCGACCGAAGAGAUCUAUACCGAUUCCGAUUCUUGCGGCUCGAGGGAUAGACCAUAUUAUCUGUCAAAUAGCAGCGGUUUUUGCUGGCGGCAGCUGUGUUCCGCUGGAUGUUGACCUUCCUGAAGAGCGCCUGGUGGAACUCAUCAACAACCUUGGAGAAGAUUCGCUGCUGUUAGCAGAUUAUCAGAACCGGAACCGCUGUCUAUCUACGCGUAUCCCGCGCAUCGUGAUUGACUUCUCCUCGCAGCAGGUUGUUGACCGAGAAGUCGAACACGAACAGCUACAAGUUGCCACAAAUGGUCCGGCCUCGUGUUCCCACAUUUAUCACACAUCCGGGUCAACGGGGAUGCCCAAGGCCGUUCAGGUUCUGGCUCGGGGGCUAAUUAAUCUCACGUUCAACGAGUUCCAGCCACUGCGACGAGGCCAACGGCUUGGGCAUGUCUGCAACAUUGGGUUCGACGUGUCAAUGUGGGAGAUAUGGGCUGGAAUCUUGCACGGCGCAACGAUAGUGGUCUUUGAGAGAGACGAGAUCCUAGAUGCGUUCCUCAUGCAGCAGAAGCUCCGCGAGGCUAGGGUAGAUGUCAUCUGGCAGACGACUUCGCUACUUGGGACAAUUGCGCAUAUUUGUCCGGCGGCCUAUGCGACAGUCGACACGCUUCUCACUGGAGGUGAAGCAAUCAAUCUGCAGACGAUCAAGAGGAUAUUCGAUCACGGUCCACCUCGAAGACUAUACAAUGCGUACGGCCCUACUGAGUUGUCCGUCUUUUCGACGUAUCAUCUUGUUUCUGAAGCAGAUGUUGCAGGGGGCGUUAUCCCAAUUGGAAGACCACUUAGCGGGUACUAUGCUUUCGUUGUCGAUUCAGACCUCCAGGCAAUUCCUGAUGGCGAGAUUGGUGAGCUUGUGGUCGGAGGCCUGGGCGUUGCUGCUGGGUAUCUUGGUAACCCUGAGCGGACUGCCAAGGUGUUUGUAAACGCAUCACAUUUGGGCAUUCCAGGCAACGGAAUCGUUUAUAGAACAGGAGAUCUGGUCAGGAAAAACGGCGAGCAACUGGAGUACCUUGGGCGACGGGACAACGAGGUCAAGAUCCGCGGGCAGAGAGUCGAACUCGAGGCUGUCGAGCGCUGUCUGCUGGAGACCCAGCUGGUAUCGCUGGCAGUGGCACUCAAAGUUUCGGAACCAUGGACUGGUGGAGGUUCAGGCGCACCUUCGUCGCUACUGGCAGCUUACGUUGUGCCUCUGUCAGGUGGAAUUGACGCGAAGUCUAUAUCUCGCGCCUACAGAGAGCGCGUGCCGCACCUCAUGGUUCCUCAUCUAAAGACGGUAGACAGCAUCUCCCUUACAGGGAGUGGGAAGAUUGACCGGAAGAAGCUAGCUCACGACUUUGAGAGUGAGCUGCAGAGCACAAAGCUGAGUACCAAUGGUUUUAGUUGCAGGAAUUUACAGCCUCAGCUGAAGGAUGUGGGAGACCGUGUGCGGCACGCAUGGGCACACAUCCUGGGCCAUACCCCUGCCAGCCUCUCCAUGCAGGAUGACUUUUUCUCACUCGGAGGGACGUCUCUUCAUGCGGUGCACUUGCUCAAUAACCUCAAUACAUCCAUGGGUCUCUCGCUCAGGGCCGCUACAGUGUUUGAGAACCCGACGCUGGAAGGCAUGUCUGAGGCAGUGAGCAGACUGCUGCACAAUACACCUGCAGCAUCGACAAGCGUGACAAGCAAGAUCCCCCUAUGGAUCCAGGAUAUGCGUCUCGGCAAAGGCCUCCAACGCAAUGCGGGAACACCUCCAAGCUGGCAAGACGAGUCCGAGGGGCGCGUUUUCCUCACAGGGGCAACUGGCUUCGUAGGGGCAAUGCUCCUGGCUCAGCUGCUAGCACAUCCACGAGUAAAAGCAGUUGCCUGCCUAAUACGCGCUAAAGAUGAGAGCCAUGCUCGUGACCGCAUCCGAGACACCCUCAGCAAGUAUAACCUGGCCCUAUAUCCACACGAGGAGGCCAAGAUCGAGGCCGUUGCUGGUGACUUAUCCCAGCCCAACCUCGGCUUUGAGGAAGAGCAAUAUCAGCAUUACGCGCAAUGGUCUAGUGUUGUCUUCCACCUAGCAGCACACGUCAACUACAUAGAGCCAUACUCCACCCACCGUGCGGCAAAUGUGACUGGGACUCUGAAUGCCAUCCUCUUCUCCCAAGCCCAUCGGACCAAAUCAUUACACUAUACAUCAAGUAUCAGCGCGUACGGUCCAACGGGCUUCGUGACGGGAACCCGCUACUUGGCGGAGGACGAGCGGCCGCAAGACCAUAUGCUUGCCCUUGAAUUCGACACUGGGUAUGCGCAAAGCAAGUUUACAGCCGAAACGAUCGUCUGGAACGCGAUAGAUGCCGGACUGCCGAUCGCCAUAUACCGGCUAGGGACGGUUCUAGGGUACACUAGUGGCAAGGGGCCGAUGCACGCGAACCCGGCCGAUUUCCUUACUCGUCUAGUAAAGACUUGCAUCCAGCAGGGAGUCUAUCCAUGCCUGUCCGAUCACAAAGAUAGCAUCGUCCCCGUUAAUUUCGUUGUUUCGAGUCUAAUGCAUAUAUCAUCCAGAACUGCGAGCCUGCAUCGUGCCUACAAUGUUGUGCAUCCUCAUCAAUGCACCUUGGAUUUCUCAGCCGUAUUCCAGUCCAUCAGCAACCAUUUAGGCACUGAUUGCCUACGCGAAGUCCCUUAUAGGGAGUGGAUAGAAGUAACAUCCAUUGCCUCAGAUAAUCCUCUGACUUCGCUUCUGCCAAUGCUGAGCGAGCCAGUUAGGGACGGUCUCUCGCGGUGGGAGAUGCAGCGUUCGGCGCCAAAAUUCUUAACUGAGAAUCUUCACCAAGCGCUAGCUGACGUCCCAGAGAUUCUAUCCUGCCCGCCGCCCAGUGCUCUGCUUGAUGCAUACAUUUCAUGCUGGAUUCACGACGCAACUGCCCAAGAAGGAACACCAACUAGUUUUCACUGGACGGAGGGUGAGAAAUCAUUGAAGAACCAAGCAGCCAAAGAGAUUAAUAGUUUCGUGCAGAAUAGGUGUAUUCUCGGAUAG